AUUAAUUUUGUUUUCAUUUCCGAUUCUAACUUCACCCACAUUUCAACACGUGACACUGUUUAAACAAGCUGUCUUUUCAAAGUGACACUUUAUGCACGCCUGAUCAGUUCAUAUUUGAGAGUAGAAAGUGCAAACUAACCAAUAAUUUUCGUAUCCUAAUUUGGUUCGUUAUGUAUUAUGUAGAUUUUAUAUACUAUUUAGAUGAAUGCAAUUACUGAUCAGAGCACCUCUUCACCCUUACUGUUACACCCUGUACAUAUAAAUAUAUAGAGUGUCUAUUUUUAACUAUGUACAAAUACGUUUUUUACAUUACAUUUUUCAUUUUUUAUUGCAAAGGGCUCAUAGUCCAAAACUGUUUCUUAUUAUUCUUAAAGUGCUCUUAAAAAGCGAAUCCAGAGCACGUAACGAGCUUUUCAUAACCCUUAGUUUUCAUAAAACAUUGGAAGAUGACAAGAUAGAGUUAAUCAAGAUCUUUCGAAACCCUCACUUGCAAAACUUUCCCCUUACAGUAAAGCCAUGUUUAAGUUAGAUUUUGCUUCUAAAUGUUUUUGAAUUAGGUAUUGAUUUGAUUACUAUUUCCGGGCGAUUUUAAAAUUCAAUUUUUUCCAUUGGACAUGAUCGAUACGCUAGAAUGUUUUCUUUAGAACGAUAUUACUUAAUUUAAUUUUUUGUAAGAGUUUUACAGUAUUUUGUUUAUUUAUGACUAUGACGCUUUAAGAAUGUGGCGCCAGCAACACAUCAAUAAACAAUUUAAUAUAACUGAAAUUCGCCAGCGACCAAAAUGUUGUACUCGUUGCUGGGGUGGUUUGCAAAAUCCCCCCACUCAGCAACUGCGCGCCCCGACUUCGCGAAGACUCCCCUGUGACCAGAGCUUCGACUCCCGCAACAAUAAACCGACAAUUCAGCCGCUGGCUACUAGUAAAGCGCUUGUUCCUCGCAUCGCAGUUGCAAGUGUACUGUUAUGGCGCGAUGACUAAAUUUACGACCAGAUAAAACCUUGAAAAUGAUUAUUACACCUGUAGUCGUAUGUGCAUUGCUGCUUAAUCGCGUGACGGCGUCUGAGGAUCAGCUGGCUAAGUGCUGCUCUGCCGAAGAUAACUUGGUGAAAGUCAAAGCAGGAUUUACUUGUCAGCCGGAUAGCAGACGCAGAUUACAAAUACUAACCGAAGAAAACAAUUUUCUAAACGGUUCUGUUAGUGGUGAAUGCGUAGAGGUUACCGGCGACAAUUUUCUCCUCUACGAAGUGAAGAACGAAGAACUGAACGCCAUCGCCGUCAUCAACGAGACAUUAUUUCCGAAAUGCUGCCCUUUGGGGUUCGUAUACGACCACGACCGCCGUUCUUGUGCUAUCGACAAUAACAUUUCCCACGACUUCAUCAAGGGAAACUACCUAAGCGUUGGUUUACCUACAUGCAAAAUUAUUUUGGACAAGUUCUAUAAGAGCGUCGUUCAUAUAGAAACCAUUUUGGAUUUGGAUGUCGUGAGCGAGGGGUCUUUUUGCCUGGACCAGAAUAGUAAGGGUGGUUUCGUGGUACGAGAGUGCCAGGACAACUUGUCAAUAUGCCAGCGAAAGAGAUGUAUCAGAAAAUGCUGUCCGGACGGCCAAAGUUACGUAGGGGGAGCGAAUUGCAAGGACACGCACGUCUACGGGGUGCAGAUUGCUUCCCAGCAUUUUUCGGAUGGCAUAGAGGAUCCUGAAGAUAACUUCGAAGUUAUAUAUGACACGCGAUGCCCCAGGGUCACUCUCCUUGCCAACAACACCAUAUCCUACACUAUCGACAAGGAUGGAGUAUUCAAAUAUUACCACAACUACAGUGGCACGUUCAUCGAAAAAACCUACGACCAUCCCCAAUCGUACUGCAUCGAACAUGCGGUCAAAAAAGAAAAGAAUAUUGCCGGAUACCAUAUAUUCAACUGUCACAGCCAAACUGAGGUGAUUGCAAAGUUCGAGUUCACGCUCUGGGCGAAAAUUGCAUCGGUGAUAUUUCUGGUUAUCACCAUCGUGUGUUAUAUCGCCAUGGGCGAGACCAGAAACACAUUCGGUAAAAUUCUCAUAAAUUACUGCGUAGCCAUGAUGUUGCUGAUGUUGAUACUGACCAUUGCGCAUCGCUACCUUAUCGUUUCCAGAAUCGAGUGUAAAAUCAGAGGUUAUUCUAUCAUCCUCUUCAACUCGGCGCUAUUCGCUUGGUUGAAUAUCAUGUCUUUGGAUAUCUGGUUUACAUUUGGAACACCGAAAAGGAGUAUUGGAAGGGAUCAACGGAAAAAGGACUUAAAAAAGAUACUCUUGUAUUGCCUGUAUGGAUGGGGAAUGCCAAUUUUUCACACUCUUUUGAUCCUGACUCUCGAGACAUUCAAAAUUUUACCAGAAUCCAUUCAACCAUACGUGGGGAUAUUUUUUUGCAUCCUCGAGAAACGUAAUUACGCACAUAUAGUGUUUCUUUUGGUACCUCAACUAAUACUUCAGAUAAUCAACACUAUCCUUUUCAUCAAAACCAUCACUUAUUGCAUAAAUGUAAAAAAUGAAAUAAGCAAAAUGAAUGACACCAAAGGAAGAAAGGAGAAGACCAAAUUCGCAAUUGAUAAAGACAGGUUGAGCCUUAUUAUAAAACUGGCCGUGAUCAUGGGCGUAAUUUUUGUCUUCGAAGUUAUUUCAGCAUUUUUCGAUAUGAAUAAAAUCAGUAGCUUCACGAAGAAUUUUGAAAUUGUAAUGGAUACCAUUACCUGCUUGCAAGGUGUCUUCAUAUUUGUGAUAUUCAUCUUCAAGAAGAAAACGCUGCAUCACGUGAAACUAAAGCUAGGCUUGAGCGAGAGAAGAACGUCUUACUCCACCUCUCUAACAAGUCACUUGCCACCAAAUGGGGUUCAGAUGGACGUAGUCGGUAAAGGCAGCGUAAACAGUAACUACUGCAUAGAUGAUACUCUAAAUAACAAGAAGGUGAUAAGAAUAUGCUGGAACGACUUGAAAUUGUGCGAGUCGAAACGAUGUGUCCACAAAUGUUGCCCUGACAAUCAGAGCUUUGUUAACGGCUCAAAUUGUUCGUUUACUUACACUUACGGCGUCGAUCUGAACUUCAGCGACUCUAUUAAGGAGCCAACCGGCGACUUUAUAGUGGUACAUGGAUACAGUGGCAACAUCUACCUACAACCAGCCGAUUGGUCAUUCGAGCUGGACACCAAGGGAGUUUUCACUUUGUAUGACGAAGAAUUUGGCAAUGCCGUUUAUUACCCAACCGAGGAAACCUACUGUAUAGAGUAUGCUACGAAACAUGGGUCCCAUUUAGGGUACAAAUUAUUCAGAAUAUUGCCGGAAAAGUGCGAAAUGUUGGAACCGAAAUCUGGAAAAAUUAGAAAUAAAAACAUAACCAAACAGGACACGACGCGAUUUAUGUGUUACUGCUUAUAUGGAUGGGGGGUGUCCUUGUUCCUGACACUUAUACCAUUAGUAUUUUAUUUCCUAAAAAUAAUGCCCUCCAGCCUUGAAAUUAAAAUGGGUGUAACGAGAUGCUUUAUUGAAAGAUAUGAAGGCAACUAUGCUGAAGUAUUGUUUCGGACGAUACCGAUCACCUUUAUCAACCUAGUGAAUUUGGUGCUGUUUGCAAAAACAGUUAAAUGCUGUAUGGACGUUAAAAAAGAAAUCGCCAAAAUGAACAACAGUCACUGCUCGAAAAAAAAGAAGUUUCUCGCGAAUAAGCAAAAGUUUACUUUAAUUAUAAAGCUGACCGUGGUGAUGGGAAUGUCCUAUUUGUUCGAAGUGGUUUCUUCGUUUUAUGAUUUCAGCCAAAAUAAUUUUACCAAGUAUGUCGAAUUGGUUUGGGAUAUUUUCAAUUGCAUGCAGGGUAUUUUCAUAUUUUUUAUAUUCGCUUGGAAGGGAAGCGUUUGGCAGAAAAUUAAAAGCAACUUGAAAUUGAAGAAACUUGGACAAAUAUCUUUAUCACUUAGAAGCACACGCACUUCCUCGGGGAAGAAGAAAGAUAUUUCAGGCGAUGCCUGACAUGUGUCGUUUUCUUACAUUCGCAGCCUUCGGUUUGCAAUAUGAGACAAACGGAAAGGGCGAGAAGGGUAUCGAAAAGUAGAAG